AUGCUGGGGCGUUGGGCUGUCGGAGCGCUGAGGCGCCGCUGGCGGCGCUAUCGCUACCGCUUCGUGCCCUGGAUCGCGCUCAACCUGGGCUGCGCGCGCACGACCGUGCGUCACGUCUCCCGGGACAAAGUGAUCGCCGACGAAGAAGUCCUGGAAGCCUUGCUCAAAAUCUUCCAAGCCCUCUACCUCAAUGACUUCGGUGGACAGACGGAAGCUUUCCCCCUGCUUCCCGAAGCCGUCAAGUCGAAGUACGGCCGCUUACUGGCCCUCCGUCCUCCCGGCGACGGCCUCCCCCGGCCCCCACGUGUCCUCAGCCCCGGAGAAGUGCUCUUCAGGACGGCGGGUUUCUCUUUGGCCCGAGAAACUAGCUCGCUGGCUUCUGCCGGAAAGGGAGUUUUUGUGACUAAAGGGUUUGUGCCUAAAGGAGCCGUCGUGGCCAUGUAUCCCGGGACAAUAUAUCAGAUGUCUGAGCCCAUCUUUUUCCAGUCCAUUGGAAAUCCCUUCGUUUUCAGGUGCUUAGACGGAGUGUUGAUUGAUGGGAAUGACAAGGGAAUAUCCAAGGCCGUGUACAGGUCCUGCAAUGGGAGGGACCAGCUGGGUCCUUUUAAAAUGAGUGACAGCAGUUGGCUCACCGCCUCCGUACAAAACCCUCUGGCUGUAGGGCAGUAUGUUAACAAUUGCUCAAACGAUAAGGCCGCCAAUGUGUGCUAUCAGGAAUUCGACGUACCGGACCUUUUCCCCAUCGAAUUCAAACAGUAUCUCCCCAACAUCGCCUACAGCCACGAAGUUCAGAGAUGUGUGCGAUGUGUGGUCCUCGUUGCACUUCGGGAAAUCCGCCAAGGUGAAGAGCUGUUUUCCAACUACUACACCAUCGUCACCUGAAAACCCGGCCUGGAGAUCAGAGAGCCUCUCCCGCUCAGCGACUCAUUUGGUGAGGGGUCGGCCCCUGCAAUAGCACCACACCAUCAUCAUCAUCAAUCGUAUUUAUUGAGCGCUUACUGUGUGCAGAGCACUGUACUAAGCGCUUGGGAAGUACAAGUUGGCAACAUAGUUGAAACCAGUGUUUCAAAUACCACUUUUUACCCUUGCGGGGGGUCUAGUAGCGGGGCGGCCUUACUUCUCCGUUUUUGCAAUACGGUUGCAAGUUAAAUUGGGUAUUCCCUAAAUGCUCAUUAAAUUACAAUCUGGUC